AUGUCACUCACUCGUUUCUUCCUACUCGCUUCCUUAUUGCUACUUGGUACGACUGCCACACAACUACCUCUUUCCCCCAUGGUCGACCAACCGACCAAAGAUCCUUCUUUCCCCUCUGACGAUAUUCUACUUCAGAUGGGUCAUUCUCAAAUCGGUCAAAAUGAAGGAAUGUCCUUAGCCGAUGUUUUGACCGUGGAAAGAAGGGCCAGUUUAUGGUGGGAUUACGCACGGGAUGUGAUGAGUGUUAACGCUCGAUUAAUCAAUAUGGGUCAAGGUAAAGAAACUACCUUGUUGGUACCUUUAGAUAGCGCCAUAAUGCGUCUACCUAUGAAACCCCACCAAUCCAACAACCCGGAUUUAUCAUUCCAAACCAAUAUAGAACGUUUCCUCUCUGCGCAUUUGAUACCCGGUCGUAUCUCACUUCCUUCCAACCGACUCCCUACCCUCCUACCCGGUAUAGAAGUGGAGGUGGUACAAAGUACGGAAGGAUGGAUGGUGGUACCGGGUAACAUAACAGUGGUGGAUGUUCGUGAGGCCGCAAAUGGGAGGGUUUUGUUGAUGGAUGGCGUGGUUGAUUAUUCUUCCGCCUAAUCGACCCAUAUCCCGGUUCACUUAUAGCAUGAUCGAUAGACAAGAUGUUUUCGUUCGUCUUCAAUACGAGUAGUCGUUGCUGGAUAUUAUCAGUCGGGGCGGUCGAAGAGUCGGGGCAUAAGAUGGGUGAUAUGGUAUCUUCCAAAAAAGAAUAUCUCAGGAGGAAAGGCGAUAAAGCGUUUCGUUGUACACUAUGAUGGGAUGUCGUCGGUAUAUGAGGAUACAACGUUAUGGAUAGACAGUCGUGUAAAGUGUAGGGAUGAAUCGAUGAUUCGACGUG